UUUGGGCUAAUGUCGAAGGGGAUGACCCUCAAUGGUGGUGGUGAUGGUAGGCGGCAAGCCGGGAACAAUCAAACUCGACCCAUGGGAUCGUUCGACCGGCAUGGGAAUCCGCUCAAGCGAGAUGGAGGAAUCUCCCGGGGGCGAGGGAGCGGAGGGAGAGGGAGCGGCCGGCUGACGAGUAUCAUGCUGCCGACAAGCUCAGGAGCUGUGAGGAGAGAUCGCUCUACCGGUGCGGCAACCAAGACCACCACGAAACCCGCAGCCAAUCCCGCGCCGAAAAAAAACUUUUUUGCACCGGAGGAAGGGCAUGCGAAGAAACCUGCGCGAGCCCCGGCGGGCACCAAGAAUAGGCUGCAAUUGGCCGUCACUCCAGGCUCGGCGGCGGCUACCGUUUCCAGAGCAUCGCAGCAGUCGCGAUCUGGAGGCGCUAAGAUCACACCCGGUAGUUCUAUUUCUAAGUCUUCCAAGUGUUCGGGGGCGUCAUCCGCACAGAGGGCUCCUUCCGCCAUUCAACUUGACCGGGAGAAAAGACUACAGCGAAGAGCUGGAGGUGUCACCGAGGAUAGAUGGGGAGGCGUGGGCGAAGACGAAAAGGGUGUAUUCGACGAGCCCUCCAUGCGUCAUUAUUCUCGGCGCAGUGCCCAACCUGCCAACUCAUACGGCAGCAGCAGCAGCAGCAGCAGCAGCAGGAGCACUUUCAGCAACGUGAACGGCGCGCGAGGUAGGAUGGGCCAAUACAACAGCAACAGGAGCGACUUGACAGGAAUGUCGACUCCCGUUCACCUCAAGCAGCCAUCCUCCCCAGUCAGGAGAACAAAGAGACUGCAGGCGAAGCCUGCCGGGGCUCAGAAGACGAUCCCAAAGAAGCCGAGAAAGCCUCCAGGCUCGCCGGAGUUGGUGACGAUCGACGACUCUUCAAGCGGCGAGGAAGAGGAAGAGGACGAGUCAGACGGCGCCAAGGAGGUGGAAGAGGUGCCGGCGAGCGAUGCGAGGAUAGAGAGGGCGGGGGGGGCGCGGAAGAGGCGGAGGGGGGAGGGGGCGGAUAGCGACGACGCGAGCGAUGAGGCGGCAGGCGGCAGUGAUUGGUGUGUUCAGACGGGGGCGAAUCGAUCGAGCGCGGACAAACGAAGGGGCGGAGCGUCGUCGCUGCAGGAGCGGGGAGAGUCGACGAGUCCGAUGUUCGGGUCCGUGCCGGAGAUGGCGGCGGAGGCGGUGAUGAUCGGGAAGUGGAUCGUGAUGGGCGGCUGCUACACGUCCAUCAACAAGGUCGGGAACGUGACUAUCGGCUUGAAAGGGGAUGGGGACACGAAGGACACUACGCUGUGCAUACCAUCAAAGGAGAUAACGUUUUUUGGGUUCUGCGAGGGGGGUGAGGGGACGAAGGCUUUCAUCACGAUCAAGACGAACCCCGAGGGGAGUAUUGCGAAGGACCGCUCCUACUGCCGACGCUACGACCCGGUAGACAAAGGUGCACAGGGGCUGAUCACGGUUUUCUUGCCGCCGGACCAUGAUUUUCUCCAGCACAGGCCGUCCAUCCUUAGUGCGAUGACCAACUUCGAGUCGGGGAAGAAAAGAGAACCGGUGCAAGUGGACAUCGACAUGAAGGGAGAGCUACCUAGGAUCCUAAGGUUAACCCUGGAGAGACAUAGGAGAGAGACCGAGGAGGACAAGGAGGUCGGACGCAGCAUGCGCACCAGGCGAGGGUUGAGAACGCUCCGUUCCGGCGGCGGCGGCAACGACGAAUUCGGCAAGGUGCUCUUCCACUACCCCCCGGAGGUGUCGGCGAGCGAUAGGGUCGCCAUCAACAGCCUGGACGAGGCCCGCACCCAGGAGGGAGAGUUCUUGAACGACAACCUCGUCGACCUGUACCUCAAGCACAUGCACCGAGAAGGGUUUCGAGAGUGGGCCAACGGUGUUGGCGGUGACGGCGAGGGUAGUGGCGGUGGUAGUGGCGAUGGUGUCGCCGGACGCGGGGACGAGGCUCGUGGCGGCGGUGCGGAUUACGACGAAGGGGCCGACACUGGCGACGUCGCCGCUACCGCCCCUUGUGGUAGCGAUGCCUCUGCUCGUGCGAGUAUAUCGAAGGCGAAGGGCGGGUCCAUGGACGACGGCAAGGUGCACGUCUUUACCUCGCACUUCUUCACGAAGCUCACGGAGAGCGAGAUCUACGACUUCGAUGCGGCGUACAGUAAAGUACAGCACUGGACCCGUAGCGUGGAUCUGUUCAAGAAGAAGUUCGUGCUGGUGCCGGUCGUGGAGGAUUUGCACUGGAGCCUUGCGUGCCUCUGCAACCUGGACAAGCUCGAGGUUGACAAGGAAGCAGCCGACUACCAGAGCGACGAGGCCCAGCCGUGCAUGCUCUUCCUCGACUCUCUCGACAUGCACUACGCCUCUAGGAUCUACGACUAUCUCCGUCGGUACCUGCAGGCGAAGUGGAAGGAGACCGGGCGAGGCGAGAUGUUGUUCGACCAGCACGUGUUUCCCCUCGUGCGCCCGCGAGUGCCCACGCAGAUCAACGGCUGCGACUGCGGGGUGUACGUGCUUCGCUACGCAAAGGAGAUCUGCCAGCAGUGGCCGGUGGUAACGGUGGCGGAAGUCAAGAACCGACUCAGCGCGCACUUCAGGCCCGAGCUGUUCAGCCCCUCGGACAUCACUGAAGAGCGCCGUAUGCUGAGGGAGCUGCUGGAAAACUGCAAAGUCCGCUACGAGCGGGAGAAGGAUCUGCACAAGUCCAAGAAGGGGAAGAAGGGCAGGGGCAACAAGACCCAUUUCAGCGCAGGUGCUAGUACGAGCAGCAGCACUCCAGAGGUGAAGAAGUCCGCCACCGCCACCGCCACCGCCACCGCCGCCGCCGCCGCACCCGCCGAACCCGCCGCCGAACCCGCCGCCGAACCCGCCGCCGCCGCUACCGCCGCCGCCCCCGCCGCCCCCGCCGCCCCCGCCAGUGACACGGAGAGCUUGGGCGGGGCGAGCGAUAGCAGCAGCGACUCGUCGUCGUCUUCUGACUCAUCGUCGUCUUCCGAAUCGUCGUCGUCGUCGUCGGAAGAUUCUGACGAGGAUACGGAUACGGACACGGACAUCGACGACGGGACCGGCGGCGACGGCGGCGACGGCGAAGAGGCGGAAGGCGGAGAGACGGAAGGCGCGGGGAAGAGCAUCGAGGAGGCGGAGGAGGACGAUGAUGACGACGAGGAGGAGGACGAGGAGGAGGAGGAGGAGGAGGAGGAGGGGGAGGAGGAAGAGGAGGGUGACGACGAAACGGGGGGGAGGAGAGCGGAGAUCGGCGCCGCGAUGAACGGCCUGCGGCAAGUGGUUGGCACGGCGGCGAGGCUAACGCUGGACGACGUAGAAAACGGGGUCGUAGCGGCCGAGGGAAGCGAAGCCGACAACGGCGGUGGCAGCGGCGCUGGAAGCGGGGAACAGCGACCUGAAGAAGCCAAGCCGGGCGAUCCUGCUACCGUGGCCUUAGCCACGAACGAGCGAGGCGGCGAGUUUUACUCCACCGGAGGCGUUUGGGGCGAGAGUCUUUCGCCGUUGGCGUCCCGGCGGGGGUGCCAGGGGUAUGGGGAGAAAGAGGAUGCUGGGGAUAUUCCGAAUGAAGCGCGAACGGUGGGGUUGGAGGGGACAGCCAGGGAGGGCAACAAGGGUGGCGAGGAUUCCGCCGACACCGAGGCGAGGCAAGCGAAGGAAGUCCUUAAACCGGUGCGAAGAAAACGGGGGAGGGGGGGGGCGGCGGCGACGACGGCGGUGGUAGGUACGGCGUCCGGUGCUCACGGGGAAGAGUCCUCGACGGAACAAGCAUCCCGAGAACGGGCGGGGCAGGGCGACGAGGCUUCAUCCUGGGGGCCCGCAGGAUCACGGUGCGUAAAGCCGGCCGUGGCCGAAGGCGACAGCAGCAACCGCGAGCGAGAACAGCGUCACGCGGCAAAACUGACCCCCUUGCGACAGCGGGGAAGGAACGGGGAGCCUCCGUGGGCACAGCCGGCCCGAAAGGGCCCAGGGUUACCCCCUGAGGCGGCGACUUGCCUAUCGGCCACCGACGACUGCAGGCCGAUCGAGGACAAUUCCGCCGCAUCCCCAGGGCGAACAGGGGGGGUUAGGGGCUUGAGACCCAGAGAGGACGCAGUCGAUGCGGCAGUGCCGCUACAGGUACCGGGUUCUCCGAACAAGACGGAGGGGGCCGUCAAGAACCGGCUGCGCAUCGGCGGCGGCGCCAUCGACAGUCUCGCGGCGAGUAGCGCCGUGCCUGCCGCUGGUGUGUCCGGAGACGAGGAGACGGGUGCGAAUGCCUCCGGCGAGGCCCUGUCCUUCGAGAGCAGCAGCGCGGAGAGUGACGACGAUGAUGGGGAUCGACACGGCGGUGGCGGCGGCGGCGGCGGCGGCAGCGGGGUGGUAGUGGACGAGCAGUUCGGCCUGACGUUGAGCGAGCGCAACAAAUUGCGAGAACCGCGCAAAGCAGCCGCCGCCGCCGCCGCCGCCACCGCGGCCGCAGCAGCAGCAGCAGCAACAGCAGCACCAGGAGUGCAGCGAAGAGGCGGUAUCGGAGGGGACAGGGGGCGCGUGCAGCAGGACGCUCAGUCCCUCGACAAACAGGGGGUCAACGGCCGAAACGGACGGCUUCACGGGGAUUCGUCUCCGUCCCCUCGGAAACGGGGAAAGUCUGCCGGUGCUCGGGCGAUCGAUUUGGUGAGCCCGGCCGCGGCGGCGUCCGCAUGCGAGGGACUUGCCGGCGGCGGUGGAGACGAAGGUAUGGAGGUGGUGGAGAUGGAGUCUGGAGGGCCCCCCGCCACCGCAGACAACGGCAGGGGCAAGGGCGAGGAGAAGAGCGAACGGGGGCGCGGCGACGGGGGCCGCAGCAAGAGGAACAGCCGGGCAGGCCCGGGACAGGUGUCGAAGAAACGCGGCGGCGGCGGCGGUAGGAAGGCGACGAGGACAGUCGUUGCGCCACUCAGCGACAGCGAGGGGAGCGGGGAACGCAAUGUUGGCGAAACCUCCGAGAGCGAGGGGUUUUGACGUUGGGAUGGAUAGGAUUGAGUUUCCCGGGUGGGAGGGACCUGUUGUUGUCUUUUUUGUUCCUGGGCAGGGUUUGAGCGCUGGAACUGCUAGAGAAGGUGCAGGUGGUGUCUUGGUUGUGUCAGAGGUUCGCUCGGAAGUUGGUUCCGUCUGACCGAACGCGGUACGUCUUGUAGAGAGUGUUGUGACGAUGGAGGUUGGAAUGAGUUCAAGCCGUGGGGGCCAGCAUGAGCAGAAGAGCACCGGCGGUGACGGUUGUAACAAGAGAACCCAGCACCACCCCCGCACCCCCCGUCUGUUUUUUCGUUGUCGUUGUGGCUAGACCACAUGGGCGUAGAUUUUCAUUUUGUGAGGGAGGAGAGGCGGGUCUCCUGCGCGCGCCUAUGAAGCGUGCAAGAUCGUGCGUGCGAUGUGCUGUCAGCGGUAUUAGCGGUAGUGGUGGCGGUGGUAAUGGUGGUGAUCGCCGUUUUUUUUGUAGCGCACAUGUCAGUAGGCGCGGCGGCCUUGGGAUGUCCUCCGCCGAUGUCGGCUGUGGACCUCGUCGGAGAAGCGAUCGGGCAUGGGACAUCCCCGCGGCUUGGAAGCGCGGGGUUGUGCGCAUGCUUGCGCGCCGCCCGUGUGUGCGCGCGUACUAGUGGGUGCACGGUUGUCGGCUUGGCAGCGUUUCUCGGCGCGGAGUGUUGGCGUGCGUUCGUGUGUCUCCCUUGCGUUCGGCAUCCACCGCGUUUGUCGGCCGGCCGAUAAAAAUACGCCAGACUAGACAGCCGGACAGCAAAUGUGUUCUUGGAGAGUUUUUUUGAUACAGAGAGAAGAGAAGAUAUGGGAAGGGAAGCGCAGCUGGCGAAGGAUACCGCCUGUUGUUAAAUGUGCUUCCCCGCCACGCCACACAAGAUACGAAGCGAGCGAUUCCCCUCUUGUCGUUGUCUGAGGGUAGCAUGAUGUGCGAGGUCGCAGAAUUCUUGCUUCCAUGAUUAUUCUGUCUGUGUUUCCUUGGUUUUCGAUCGGUACCCAGUCACCCCACUGUCGGAGGGCAUGGUGUUCAUUGGCUUGGUUUUCCAGUAUUUGCCCAGUUUGUUUUUUUACCACCUCGUUUGCGAGAUGUUUGGUUGUAGGGGCGAUUUCUCCGCCGUUCAAGAUCCAAAUUUCAGGAAACACCAAGGACAGCGCAUUGCCCGCUCUUUUAUGUUUUGAGUUCUUGGUAGUGGUGUCUGCGCGGCGCUCUAGCUGUUAUUCCCCCCCCUCCCGACGAUGUUUUAUGUGAAUGUUAUUUUUGUGAAUUUGUCUCAUUCAUUUGACGUUGAGUUCGUUUUUGUUUGCAGAUUUUCUGGCGGUUUCCCGCGUUGGUGACGGUAACUGCUUGUGUCGUUUGACGGUAUCGGCUUGGCUUCCUUUGUCGGCUCUUACAGCUGUACUGGUUAUUGUAGGUGUUUCUUGCGGGUGGGAAGCGUGGCUGCUGAGGCUUGCGGGUGGAAAAGGGAGACUGGCGUUGAACGUGUACGUGACUAGGUGUCACAUUACGAUUUGGUUUAGUGUUCCAUAUUUUUCGCGCUUGGAGCGCGGGGGUGGAUGGAAAGAAAGUACAAAUUUAUUAUCUUCAGCGACACGAUAGACUUCCUGUUUGAUCAAGGUGUAUCAUGCGUUAGUGUGUGAAACGAGUGCCGGGUGUAGAUUCACUGGUGAGCCACGCUACCCUGUGCUCUGCCCGCAACCGUGGUGCUUGCUUCCGCCGAGACAAUUUAUUGCUCACGAGCGAGGCCGCGAGUAAGGCCGAGUGAAAAAUGAGAGACAAUGCACCCGCGCCGAGGUGUAUAUAUUUCCGCAUGCGAAUGUCGCCUCUGGGAUGAGCUUGGGAUUCUGCUUCGUUCACUGAAGU